AUGGGGAGUUCAUACACACCAACGUACUACACGUCCCUGCACGAGUCGAUCACGACCAUCUGCAAGUCGAUCCUCCCCUUCUCCUUCAAGAAGCGGAGGAUCCCGGCCAUAGCCGCCGCCGAGAAUCGUCUGUCUGAGCAGCAGUCGGAUAAUCUCAAGUGGCAGCAGGAAUCGUUCCACCAGAUGCUCAAGCUGAUUGGCCUCUGCAAAGAGGGGAUUAUCGGCCAGGACGAGGUGUCUGAUUUCAGGGCACACGUCGUUCAGACCAUCACCGGCUUGCCUGUGGAUUACGAGGCGCCCGUGAUUUUGAGGGAUAAGCUUAUCUUCUUGCAGGACUUGUUUUACGCAAAUUGCAUAACCGAGGACGAAUACCAUGCUUCGAAGAGGCCACUGCUGCAAAGGCUUGCAGUCCAGGGGGCAAAGAUUAGGGAAAGUGACGUAAUUGUCGGGGCCCACAACGGGAUUCCAAACGAGGAGUGGUCUGCUUUAUAUUUACAGGAAAAAAAGAAACAAUGUUCGGUGAAUCCAGAUAGAUUGAUGCUAGAGAACAAACCGAAAGAAGUUUCCACUUGCGUCCCACCAGUUAUAAGCACCACUAGAUUCUCGGGCAAAAACGAGCUUCUGAGUUCCAAGGAAAACCCGUUUUGGGAUUGUGAUUUAGGCGAAAAUGAAAGUGAGACUAAAUCGAUUCUCAUGAUGGAGACCUUACCGGAAGUGCCCGUCACGUCCGAGAAGCAAAAUGAGAAAGCGAGAAGGAAACCGUUCAGUGGCCUCUUCAAAAGAAAUGAACGUAAUCCGGCUGUUGAGGAAAAAGAAAAAUCGAAACUUGUGAUGAAGAGUAAUUGGGGUUUUGAUGGACUUAAGAAAUGGAUGAAGAAUGAGUCUGAGGAUGAAUCGACUCCCUUGUCUCGUACUGAAAAAUCGGAUAAUGCAGGUUACAAUAAUGGCGGGACUGAACCAAAAAUAAACCCAGUGGUGGGUGAAAGAGCAGAAAGCAAGAAAACAACAAAGGAGAAAUUAUUAGUUCAUCAGAAUGGAUCAGAGACCAAUUUGAAUGAGGAGAAGAAGCACAGCUCGAGAAAAUGGACGACGUUUAAUGAUGAUGAUGAAGAAGAAAACGCGCAUCCAAAUCUGUUUUCUAACCAAACCCAUAAUCCGUACAGCAACUCCAUGAAGCAAGACAAGUUCUUCUCGUCCUCAGCCAAUAUUCGCUCAUCUUUGAAUAGUAGCAGUGGCAAUGAUAAGGGCUUUAGCUACAAUCCUUUCUUUGAAGUGCAAGAUUAUUAA